AUGUGGAACAUCGUCACUUGGUGCUCCCUUGGCAGACUGUCCCCCAGCGCCAUGUCCCCCCUGCUCCCAAGGUCACAAACCCUAAACCGUGUGUUCCAAAGAAAAUAUAAGGACUUGUGUCGUGAUAAGGAGCCAGCACAGACACGGCAGGAUCAGGGGUUGAAAAGGACACGCGACAUGCUUCCCUGCCGUUCAGCAAGUAAUAAAGCGAAAUACAGACGCUAUGCCAAAACGUACCCUGUGUUAGAUGGACGUAUCCUGUCUCUGCAUCGACACGUGUUUGAAGAAAAUUUAAGGAACAGUGAGGCUGUUAUUAAAAGAUACUCAGAAUUGCUACAGACGGUCAGUAAAGGAGGGGGUGAAGAUGCCAUCCUGCGUCAUACGCAGAGAAACAAGAAGCUAUUUGUUCGUGAACGCCUGAAGCUGCUACUUGAUGAUGAGUCUUUUCUCGAGCUGUCUCCGCUGGCGGGGCUCAGUAUGCCCUACGGUGACGUCCCUGCUGCAGGCUGCGUGACGGGAAUUGGCAAGAUCUGUGGGGUCUGGUGUGUCUUCAUGGCAAACGAUGCGACGGUAAAGGGAGGAACUAUUUAUCCAAUUGGGGUGAAGAAGCAAUUAAGAGCUCAAGAAAUAGCCAUGCAGAACAGGCUGUUAUCUGUGUACCUCGUGGACAGCGGGGGAGCAUUCCUACCACUCCAGUCGGAGCUGUUCCCUGACAAGUCACACGGUGGCAGAGUUUUCUACAAUGAAGCCAUAAUGUCUGCCAUGAGAAUCCCGCAGGUGGCCGUGGUGUGCGGCUCCUGCGUGGCCGGCGGUGCCUACGUGCCAACCAUGGCCGAAGAAGCCGUGAUCGUAGAUAAAAUCGGUACGCUGUUCCUUGCUGGCCCACCUCUGGUAAAAGCCGCUACAGGAGAGUAUGUCUCUCCUGAGGACCUGGGAGGAGCUAAACUUCACUCUGAAGUCAGUGGCUGUAGUGACCAUUUUGCAUCCUCGGAAAAAGAAGCCUACGAGUGCAUUCGAAAUGUUAUCUCAACGUUAAAUUACGAUCCCCUGCCAGAGGAGGCCACGGAGCAUGACAGUCCUCUCUAUAGUUCUGAUGAGCUCUUGGGACUGGCACCGCGAGAUUAUAGGUGUACUCUGCCUGUGAAACUGAUUCUGAGCCGUCUGAUGGAUGGAAGCCGAUUCCAGGAAUUCAAGGCUAAUUAUGGAACAACAUUAGUAACAGGAUUUGGCCACGUGGAAGGGCGCCUGGUGGGGGUGGUGGCUAACAACGGGGAGCUGUCUCACGACGCCUCUCUCAAGGGCAGCCAUUUCGUACAGCUGUGCGGUCAGCGGAGCAUCCCCAUCCUCUUCUUCCAAAACACCGCUCCACAUACAGCAGAGCCCACGAGCGUCUCGCAG